AAAUAUAUUUUACUUUAAUUUUUUUUUUUUUUUUUUUUUUGCGGUACGCGGGCCUCUCACUGUUGUGGCCUCUCCCGUUGCGGAGCACAGGCUCCGGACGCGCAGGCUCAGCGGCCAUGGCUCACGGGCCCAGCCGCUCCGCGGCAUGUGCCACCAGGGAAGCCCUACUUUAACUUUUAAAAGAUAUUUUCGAGCUCUGACCCUCAAGGAGAAGGUAACUCUCCUGAUGAUAGAAUUUUUUUCUUUCCUGUUAUGAAAAUUUCAGGCUUGAAACAAUAUGAAUUAUGUCAUAAAACCAUGGUUAGUAUGAUAUUUGUUUCAAAAUUAUCAAUGAUGAAACCAAAGUUUGUUCAGGUUUUUUAAAGGGUUUAUUUUGUUCACAGACUAUAAAAAUACAGUGUGUGAUGAGGUGGGCAAGAGAGGGAAUAUUUGUUUUCUUCUGCAGAAUUUAUUUUUGUAGUGAUAUAUGAUCCCCUCACCCCCAUACAUUGCAGAGAAUAAUCGUUGAUUAUUCUCUCCCAUAGUAAUAGACAGACUGUAACUGAGCAGGACCCUAUGGGGCCUCCCCAGGACAGACACCUCCCCCAUAUCCUCUGCUGUGGCUCCUCUCUGAAGUAUAGAUACAUAGAUAAUAGUAUCUGAUGCAUUCUUCCUGAGUUGUUUUACAGAUGCUAAAAUUACCACCAAAUGGAAGAAAUUAACUACUUGAUGAUCAUGAGCCCGCAGACCUACAGGCUCCAAAGAACUGAUAAUGUUAACCGCCUUGUUACCGCAACACCAGCCAAUCAGAGAAGUGUGCAGGAGCUUGACCACCGUCACCUGGCUUUUAAAACAAUGCUUUGCUGAAAACCUUUGGGGAGUUGGGAGUGUUUUGAGCACGGACCACGCGUUCUCCUUGCUUGGUCCUGCAAUAAACCUUUCUCUGUUCCAGACUCCGACGUUUUGGUUGGUUUGGCCUCACUGUUCGUCCAGCUCACGAACUUGCGUUUUGUAACAAUUCUGAAUUUUUUAUUACCUUAAACCCUUCAAUACAAAUAUACGUUCAUUGUUCAAUUUAAUCUUCAAAAUACUUCGACAUUUCUUUUUUCCACUGUAUUUGAUGACUUUUUAAAUUGGGAAGACAUGGUAAUAUAUGUGUCCGUGUUUUAAUUACGUGAGUAAGCAAAGUGGAACGCCAGCUGUUUGUGAUAACAGUAAAGUGAGCUGGCCCGUUUUUUACAUGAAUAAAAUAAAUUUCGGCUUAAAAAAUGAAAAAACAGUAAGCGCACAACGGGACGCCCCUCUCAGCUGCGGGGCUUGGAGAACGUUCAGCCAACCGUUGGGAGCUUGGCCGCCUCCUGCGAGGCGGGAGCAGAAGGCCAUCGAGCCGCAGUCCUCCCGCAGUCCUAGAGCGACGCUAAAGUGAACCGCGGAGCGAGAGUCGGAGAUCAGCAAAGAGCUAAGACGGAGCUUGGCAGCGUUUGCCCUUUCCUGCCGGUCGUUGGAGCGGGGUAUCCCUGAGGAGGCAGUCAAAAGAAAGUUCUCCAGAACAGAGAGAGCAGUCUGAAGCUGGGGAUGGCAACAGCAUUGGUAACCACUCCUUCCCCGGCUCCUCUGAAUCUGAAGAAGGAGGGACUUCACUUAGUGAAGGAGGAUCACCGCUCUCCUCGGGAACAGGGGGCCAAGCUGCAAGGAAACGGCGCAGGCCUCGGGCAGGAGCCGCUGUGCAAACAGUUCAGGCAGUUGCGCUAUGAAGAGACCACAGGACCUCGAGAAGCGCUGAGCCGGCUCCGGGAGCUCUGCCGACAGUGGCUGCGGCCCGACGCCCACACCAAGGAGCAGAUCCUGGAGCUGCUGGUGCUGGAGCAGCUCCUGACCAUCCUGCCCGAGGAGCUGCAGGCCCGGGUGCGGGAGCAUCACCCAGAGAGUGGGGAAGAUGUGGUUGUUGUACUGGAGGAUUUGCAGCCAGAACUGAGAGGAACAGGACAACAGGUGGACCCAAACCAGGCAAAGAAACAGAAAAUGCUUGUGGAGGAGACGGCCCCUCUGAAAGCAGUGCUGAAGCAGCAGAUCCAGCCUGAGGGUGAAAUUCCCAAGCCCAAGAGACAGAAGGGUGAGGAGACAAGGAUUGAGAAUGGGAAGCUGGUUGUAGAGACAGACUCCUGUGGAGGAGUGGAAUCAUCUGGGAAAAUAUCUGAACCCAAAGAUGCUUAUUAUGAGGACUCUAACUUGGAUAGGCAGCAGGACAAGGCCAAGGAGAAGACUGACUAUAAAUGCUCAGAAUGUGGGGAGGGGUUCAUCCAGCACUCAGACCUGAUUAAGCAUGAAGGUUCGCACAGGGGAGAAAAGCUCUGUGAAUCUGAAGUGUGUCAGAGUUCUAGUCUUACUGGACAUCAGAAAAUCCACUCUAGAGAGAAGGGUCAUCAGUGUCAUGAGUGUGGGAAAACCUUUCAGAGAAGUUCACACCUUGUCAGACAUCAGAAAAUCCAUCUUGGCGAGAAGCCUUAUCAGUGCAAGGAGUGUGAAAAAGUCUUUAGCCAGAAUGCAGGCCUUUUGGAACAUCUCAGAAUCCAUACUGGAGAGAAACCUUACCUGUGUAUCCACUGUGGAAAGAACUUUCGGCGCAGCUCUCACCUUAAUCGACACCAGAGAAUUCACAGUCAGGAGGAGCCCUGUGAGUGCAAGGAGUGUGGGAAAACCUUUAGUCAGGCCCUACUCCUCACCCACCAUCAGAGAAUCCACAGCCACUCCAAAAGCCAUCAGUGUAACGAGUGUGGGAAAGCCUUCAGUUUGACCUCAGACCUUAUUCGACACCACAGGAUUCACACUGGAGAAAAACCUUUCAAGUGUACCAUAUGCCAGAAAGCCUUCCGACUAAACUCACACCUUACUCAGCACGUGAGAAUCCACAACGAGGAAAAACCGUACGAGUGUAAUGAAUGUGGAGAAGCCUUCAGACAGAGGUCAGGUCUUUUUCAACAUCAGAGAUAUCACCACAAAGACAAACAGGCUUGAUGAGG